CGGCCUGGGCGGGCGAUGUGGCGGCGGCGGCGGGCGCGGGGCGGCGGGGGCGGGCGCGGGCGGUGGUGGCUGGUGUCGCUGCUGGUGCUGGUGGCGUCGCUGCCGGCGGCGCGGCCCGGCGGGCUGUACUCGGCUGCGGACCCUUUGGAGCUGCUGGGGAGCGGGGCGGAGGGGCAGCUGCUGGGCUCCUCCAGCGCUUGGGCUGUCGAGUUCUUCGCCUCCUGGUGCGGGCACUGCGUCCACUUCGCGCCCACAUGGCGAGCGCUGGCCCACGACAUCCGCGAGUGGCGGCCUGCCGUGAUGCUGGCAGCCCUCGACUGUGCCGACGAGGCCAACCAGCAAGUGUGCUCCAAUUUUGGGAUAACCGGCUUCCCCACACUGAAGUUCUUCAAAGCUUUUAGCAAGAAGACAGCGGAUGGCAUAAGGAUUACCAAUCCCAGUGCCACUGUUGAGGACCUGCGCCACGCCAUCAUCACCAACCUGGAGCAGAGCCGGGAGGCCUGGCCGCCUGCCUGUCCUCCGCUGGAGCCAGCGAGCGCGGAGGAGGUUCACAGCUUCUUCCAGAGGAACAAGGAUAAGUACUUGGCGCUGAUCUUUGAGAAGAGCAAUUCCUUUGUGGGCAGAGAGGUGGCACUGGACAUGCUGCAGUACGAGAAUGUGGCAGUGAGGAGGGUGCUGAGCAGCGAGGAGGAGCUUGUGAAGAAGUUCGGUGUAACCACCUUCCCCUCUGGCUACCUGCUCUUCCGCAAUGGCUCCUUCUCCCGCCUGCCUGUGCACGUGGAGGCACGUUCCUUCUACACCUACUACCUGCGCACGCUCUUGGGAGUCACCCGCGGCUCCUACAAGCUGAACACAACCAUCACCGCUUCCAAUGAGACCGACAUGUUCCAACCAAAGCACGCUGACCGCUCCAAGGUGUACAUGGCUGACCUGGAGUCCACACUGCACUACUCGCUGCGGGUGGAGGCUGCCCGCCCUGCCAAGCUAUCGGGAGCCCAGCUGGCCGCCUUCAAGUGCUACGUGGCCCUCCUGGUGAAGUACUUCCCCGGGCGCCCCUGCGUGCAGACCUACCUGCAGAUCCUGGAUGGAUGGCUGAGGAACUGGACAGAGGCCGAGCUGCCCCGCAAUGCCUUGAAGGAGGCCAUGAAGAACAACAGAGACGCCUCCCACCCUGCCGUGCUCCCCACCAACGUGACCUGGGUGGGCUGCCAGGGCAGUGAACCCCAGUUUCGUGGUUACCCCUGCGGGCUCUGGACUCUCUUCCACCUCCUGACCGUCCAGGCUGCCCAGAGUGGCCCCGACAAAGAGCUGCCGCUGGAGGUGCUGAACACCUUGCGCUGCUACGUCCGGCACUUCUUCGGCUGCCGGGACUGUGCCCAGCACUUCGAGGCCAUGGCGGCCAAGUCCAUGGACCAGGUGGCAGGGCGGGAGGAGUCCGUCCUCUGGCUCUGGUCCCACCACAAUGAGGUCAACGCUCGGCUGGCAGGAGGUGACACGGAGGAUCCCAACUUCCCCAAGCUGCAGUGGCCACCGCCAGACCUGUGUCCCCAGUGCCACAAAGAGGAACGGGGGGUGCACGCAUGGGACGAGCCAGCUGUGCUCACCUUCCUCAAGGGGCACUUCUCCCCUGCCAACAUCCACCUGGACUACAUUGAGGCUGACCCUGUCCCCGGGGAGGGGAUAGACACCAGGCUGGGCACCGAGGGCCCACGAGAGGAGCGAGGGAAGGAAGAGGAGGAAAAGGAGACAGAGAGUGAGAUGAGGGCUCCAGGGCGACUGGGCUCCCCGGAGCCACGCCGCCCCAGCAUCGUGCGGCUGAACCCCAAGCUGCGGGAGGCGGGCGAGGACAUCGUGGACCUGGACUCCUUCAGCGAGCAGCACUUCAAGAGCCAAGCGCUACGAGCAGCGGCUGGCCGGCGCCGCCGGAUCAGCAAACGGGACACCAUCGCCCUGCCCCGGGAUGCCAGAGUGGGCCGGGAGCGCCGGCGGGCCAGUGUCCUGGUCCGGGAGGAUGAGGAGGAGGUUGGGGAUGGCGUGCGGAGGAGCCCCUGGUUGAAGGUGCUGGGCUUGGGCUUCUCCCGCUUGGACAUCAGCCUCUGCGUCGCCCUCUACUUCCUCUCCUCCAUGUGCCUCCUGGGCAUGUACACCUUCUUCCGUCUGCGCACCCGCGCCCGGAAAGGCCGCCCUGGCUUCCCUGUGGCCUGAGAGCGGUUGUGGGGUGCCGGAGGCUGCCCCCCGGGAUGGGUGGGCUGCUGAGCCGGGACACCCCUGGGGCAAUGUUUUGCCCCCCGGUGGGGAGAGAUUGGGUGCAUCCCCUGGGAGCUGCCCUGCUCACCUCACCCAGGGUUGGGGGCAGAGGGCUCUUUUGGGGGGAAAUGUGCGUGCUGGAGCAUUCUUCUCUUGGGACACACCACCAUGUUUUCAGGAGCUAAGAUGCUGGCAGGGGUUUGCAUCUCAGCACCCAGCUGCCCUCAGGACCUCCCAGCACUGGGCUGCUUUCAAACUGGGAAGCCCAGUCCCAUGCUGGGGAGCAGCCCUUUGGGGUCAAACCACUACUGGGGCCAGGAGGGUGGGGGUUUAGCCCCCACAAAAACCAGGCACUACUGAGCAGCGGGUGGCAGUCAUGGGUUCAGCUGCAUUUUGUGUGUCCCCCUCUUCAAGACGUGGACUGGCCCCUCCCCACCUUUCCUUGCCCCCUCCCCACCUUUCCUUGCCCCCUCCCCACUUUGUUGCUUGCUCUCUGCUAGUCUUAAUGGAAUAAAUUAUUUUUGCUGAUGCCA